GCGAAAGAUUACAAGCAGUGUGCUCUUUGUCACUCCAGUCAAUUUCGCUACCGCAAGGAAGCUUCCCCAAAACAUGCCAGAUUUCACCCCCAAUUUGCAUGCCGCUCAUGAUCAAAUACAGUCUCUUCUGUCGCAUAUCCACUCCUUUCCAACGGAGCGAUUGAUGUACCACGCACCCGUACUCGACCGGAUCUACCUGCCAUCAUUGGACUUGAGGAGCGACGAUAAGAAAACUGGGCAACCGAGAAUAUGGAGGCAAGAAGACGUUAUGGGUCUCAAAAAGUUCAUUGAAGGUAUCGAGCAUCAUGAGCAACAUAUCCAAUCUAUGAUAGACUCUAAUAUACCUCCCCAAGAAGACCCUUUACCUUCAGUACAAGGCCUGGAGACUUUCUGGAAAGUUGUAAUUAGCUGCAAGCCGCCCGUCGUAGGUGUGCGGAUGCCAAUGGGUAGAGAUAAAGGAGGAUCUUGGUCGGGAGCUGAGAGUAAAGGACGGAAGGUCCCUGGAAAUGGCGGACACAAGGCAAGAAAAGCGAAAGAGAUUUGGGUGGACGUCCUUGCCGAUGGGGGUAAAGAGUGGAUUAGAAUAUAUAGCAAAAAGAUAUCACAUUUACUGGCAGAGUUUCGAGAACAAGACUCCUACGUCAACUCUGAUUUUAAUUCGGACUCGCAGACUGGCUACCACGACGAUAACGGUCGCCAACAGUACAACAGCCUGCUUGCAACAGCUCGGGAUCUCCGCCGAGCUGCCUCUCGUACACCUCGUAUUCCCGGUGCUCCCGUUCCCAAACUGUCUCUCUGGCUUACUCGAAUUCCACCAACACCCGAACAGUUACCACCCGAAUACCUUGACCCCGAAUCUACUAUCCCCGAAUGGCCCGACAAUAGGAUCCCGCAAACAUUAGCUACGCUAAAAGAAUGGGGUGUUACUGUACACCACUUGUCGCCUCCACCUCUAUCCCAACUUUCAGGCCACCUUGUGCCAAAAACCCCUCCACCGUCCAUGAAGAUCAAUUUUGAUAUCACAGCACUCCUCGGACUCUGCUCUGAUGUGCUCCAUUAUCCUUUACCGAAGGACAGUGAGGAAGCUGCGAAGCGUUCCCUUCGUCCCAAAAACCAUCUCAUUGGCAAAGGAUCGGCUGUCAGAGGGCGGGACGGCACUGGAAAGGGCAAGGGGAAAGGACGACGCGAAAUGGACGCGGAAGAUGAAGAAGACGAAAUCCUUAAAGGACAAAGUCAAAACUCCCGAGAAUUAUACAGAUGUAUUCUGGAAGAAAUGGAGAGGCCAUGGGUGGAGGAGUUCAAUGCUGUCAUGACAGAAGCUUGGGAAGAGCAUAAAAAGCUGUAUGGGAUGACGGGUGAUGAGCCGCAGGUGGAAUUCUGGGCGACCAAGGAGGCAGCCCAGUACACUUUCGAAGCACUGACAUCUGGUCCUGCUCACGGUCUCGGGGAAGAACAGAGAAGGAUGAAAAGGAUGUUGGGAUAUGAGAAAGGUGACGUUUUCGAGGGAUCGAGAUACGAGGGGAAAGAAGGGGUGUUGAAGGGAUUCAAAGUGAAGAUCUUUGACGCGGAGGCUCUGGAUAGUGGGAAGGUGGAGCGGACGGGUUUUCACGUAUCUCUCGAAGCAAUCAGCAAGGCUUUCCUUGAUGAGUAUUACACUUCCCUACAACCACCGGACUUGGCCAAGAAAUCUCAAGACAAGUUUAAAUCUUCCAUUCUUCCAAACUUUCUCCAACCCAAAAAGAUCUCUGCACCACCUGUUGCGAAGAUCACUCUCCCCUUCCCCGUCGUAAGCCUUCACUCGCUCUGCCGUGGUGCUAAAGAAGGUAUGACGACGGUCAUGAUGGGCACUGCUACUUUUAAAGAGGUUUGGGGCCAAAGUCGGUGGAAGGUGCGAGGUUGGGAAAGGGCAGGGUACAAUCUGGCGCCGGGUGCGGACAGGGAAAAGGGAAGCGCGGCGGUGAUGAUUUUUCCUUAUAGAGUAUUCGGCGAAGGCAAGAGAGUCAGAUUUGAAAAAGGGGAUUAUUCAUAUCCAAAUCCCAGUGCAUAAAUAACAUGUAUCGGGGUCAAAGGAUAUCAUAUAGCAUACAGCAUAUCAAAAUACAAUCAAAUG